AUGCACUCCUCGCACCCUCUUAUUCUCUGCACAGAGCCACCUUCUGCAGAUUCGGAGUGCAAAUGUCACGCUUGUGGUAAUUUUUGCAGAAGGUUAACCUAUCAUUGUUCCCUUUGUGAGUUUUACAUCCACCCAUUAUGUGUAUUUCAGGAGCGCACGCUUAAACACGAAAGUCAUGAACACAUUUUGACCCUCUUCCAGAGGCCAGCCUUGUUUGAUUGUGAUGCUUGUGGCAUGAAAGUUGAAGGUGUAUCCUAUGUAUGCAUAGACUGUCAAUUUUGGAUUCAUAAUAGCUGUGCUUUGUUACCAAGCAGCCUUAUUAAUAGUGGUCAUCACCCUCACUCUCUCAACCUUGCCUAUUCUCUUCCACUUGAAAGUUCCAAUUUCACCCACGACUGUAAUAUCUGCGCUAAGAAAGUGAAGCCAUUGUACUGGGCAUAUUCUUGUAGCCAAGCAGAUGCGUUGUUCAUUAACAGGACAUGUCGAAUUACAGCCGACGAAAAAGAUAUUGAACCUUAUCUACAAAAGAAGGGUAUUCAAAAAGACGACUCUGAGACAACAGGCAGCUUCGUCAAGCAUUCUAGCCAUGAGCAUCCACUGCAACUUUUUGAGCAGAAUACCAAAGUCCAGAGUGAUAAAAUAUUGUUCUGUAAUGAAUGUGAGCAACCUAUUUUAGCCGCAUUUUAUUAUAGCUGCGACAAAUGUAGUUUCUCUCUCCACAAAUAUUGUGCAGCGUCACUCCGAGAGGUGCAACACCAAUGCCACCCUGAUCACAAGCUUUUCCUGCGAACUGACUCUUCUAAUACUUCCAGUCCAUUAAAAUGUGACGGCUGUGAUAUACCAUGCAGUGGAUUUACCCUCAACUGUGAUCCCUGCGACUUUCGUCUUCAUUUCAGUUGUGGCUCUCUGCUUAAUAGUACUGUAGCACAUGAAGCCCAUUCUCAGUACCCUCUCGUUCCAAGUAAGUCAAAUCGUUGUAAUGCUUGUGGUAUGUCGGCCAAGUUCACAUUGGGAUGUGACACUUGUGGUUUCUAUCUAGAUAGCUGGUGUGUCCUGUUGCAAGGUAUGAUUAGGGAAGAAUUGUGCGAUCACCCUCUCAUCUUGAGCUAUCCCCCAUUUACUUAUCAUCCGGAUGAGUUUUAUUGCGAAAUGUGCAGGAAAGAAAUAAAUCCUGAGUUUUGGCUCUAUCAUUGUCUUGACUGUGACCUCUGGCUCCAUCCUAAAUGCAUUGAUAAUAAGGAUUAUUUAAAUAUCAUGUUUGGGGAUACAAUUAUGGAUGAGAGUCACGGACAUGCACUGAAAUGUGUUGAAGACGCUAAGGAUGACUCGGCAUGCAAUUGUUCUGCACUGAAUGUAAUUUCUCUCUCCACAAAUGUUGUGCGGCGUUACCCACAGAGGUGCAACAUCCAUUUCACCCCUAUCACAAGCUCUUCCUGUGGAAGAUCCAAUAUGCUUCAAAACCCAUCUGGUGUGAUGGCUGCUCUACAAGAACCAACGGAUUCGUCCUUAGGUGUUUGCCAUGCAACCAUACGCUUCAUUUCAGGUGUGCUUUUCUACUAAAUAGUGUUAAGCAUGACGCUCAUCAGCACCCCCUCUUUCCAAUAUCAAAGUUAGGCCAUAGGCACACCCUCCUUCCAAUAUCAAUGUUAGGCCAUGGGCCGUGUACUGCUUGUGGUGAUUAUUUCAAUGGGUUGGGAUUCAAAUGUGACACUUGCCGUUUUCGUCUAGACGGUUAUUGUGUCAUGUUGCCACGCAAGGUUAGGCACAGGGGGGGACAAACAUGACCUCAUCUUGAGCUUUCCCCCUUAUACUUACCAUCGCCAAGAGUUUUACUGUGACUUCUACGAGAGAGAAAUAAAUCCGAAUUUUUGGAUUUAUCAUUAUCGUGAUUGCAAUCAAUCUUUCCACUCUAGAUGCAUUGAUCCGGUCCAGCGAAUUAAGAAUCUUAAGGAUGGAGAUACCGUCAGAGUUAACAAUCACCCACACUUUCUCAAACGCGUUAGCAUCUGCGGAAAACCUUCCUAUGGUGAUAUCUCUUUCAAUUGUAUAUCAUGUUAUUUUCAGCUCUGCUACGAUUGUGUUACUGUAAGUGUGCAAUAAUUUGUUUACAAGGGUCUUGUGAC